AUGCUCGGUUGUAAGAGAAAGGCGGAACUACAAUUCCUUAGCAACGCUUGGCUCUCUGGGAGUGGUGGCGGUUGUUUCAACAUGGCGGCAGCGUCAACAAAAAGUGGAAAUUCUGGGAUAUUUUGGAUGAAUGGCGUGUCAGACGAGGAGCAGCCUUUGGUGUUUGUUCCUGGAGUGGAGGCAGAGCCAAAGACUCUGAGACCAGGCAACAGCAGUGCGUACAGUAAAAGAGGUACCAAGAUGCGGCCUAGACAAACCUCUCGCUGCAAGACUGAGUCCACACUAAAGAAAGGUGGCAAGAAACAGGACCAUUUAAACGGUGAACACUCUCUGGUUGAUACCAACCAAGAAAUGUCAGUUCAUCAAAGAGCUACAGAGCCCUUCCUCUCUCCAUCCACUGGUGCUUUUCACCCCUCGACACAGAUAAUCUCCGAGUCUACCAGAACUAAGAGUCUGAUCUGUUUGAAGGACCUCUGCCCUGAAGAUAAGCGGCGAAUUGCCAACCUCAUCGAAGAACUAGCCAGAGUGAGUGAGGAGAAAGAAGAGUCAGUGCAGCGCCUGAAAGAUGAGCAGGAAAGUUUCGAGCGCAAAAUCCAGCAGCUGGAGCAGCACAACGUGAUCAUAGCACAGGAGAGAGAAAGCCUGCAGCAGCAGUACAGAGAGUGCCAGGAGCUGCUUGGACUCUACCAACAAUACCUUUCUCAGCAGCAAGCGAAACUUAACCAGUCCAUUGUCCAGCUCAGCCAGGAACAAGCCCACAGCAAGGUGCUCAACAGUGAGGAAGUCCCCAGCAGAACAUCUACAAGCAAAUCGAAUGGCUCUCUCUUUGAUGGUUCAUACCUCAGCUUUGCUGCUACUCGAACACGGCAGCCUCAAGUUCCCAGGAAUGGCGGUGAAGGAAGAGCAGCAAUUCAAGCCUUUGAAAACCGUGCCUGUCUUUCCUGUGUUAGUGAGUUCAGUCCAACCGAUGGGCUGAUUAGGAGUCAGAAAAGAGAGUGCAAGGAACCACGCUCAGAACCUGACCGCAUAUGUGAACACUCCCGAGGCCACGGUCAUGACAGUGUCUGUGGAACGCAGCACUGGAGAAUUGAUGAUGGCUCUCGUCUAGAGCAUGGCCACCACAGCACCUUUAACCAACAUGAGUGUGAAAAGCGCCACUGUGGGGAUGCCAAUAGCUCAGAGGCUAAGGAAGCCCUGACCAGACCUCUUCUGGGUCACGAGGACUGGGAAGAGAAGAGGCACCAGCUGCUGCUGCAGAAGAUGCAGUUGGAGGUGGAGAGAGAGAAGCUGCAGGCACGGCUGGCUGAGCAGGAGGAGAGGCUCAGCAGACAGAAUCAGCAGCUACGCCAGUCGCGUCUCGAUUACAGCAGGCUGCAAGAAGCUGCUCAAUCUGAUAUCAGCAGUAGAAAUGCAAAUCCACAAGUGGAGGGUCCAUCCAACCAAGAGUUACCUCCCAGUAUGUGUGAAAAUGCUGAGGGACAUCCUGCAGGACAAAGCUUACCUGAAAAACACUCACAAACUGUACCUGCUGUACCUCCUGUGAACAAUGGCAAUGAGGCCUUCGAGCGGUCCAGAAGGGAUAUGGCCACAUCUCCUGCUGUAUCUGAUGCAAGCUUGAGUAAGCCCACCUCAGUGUCUGUGAUCCAGAAGACUCCUGAGGCCAGGUUGGAUUUUUCUAUGGUUGAGUUAUUGGAUAUCUUUACUCCCGUCUCUGCACCUGAGCUAAGCAAGCCGUCCACCAGAAGAGCCAAAACCCCACAACGCAGGCCAGCCUUCACUGCCCCCAAACUAGUAGACAGAACCCUGCGUACCCCUGCUAGGCCUUUUCCUCAGCAUAGCCAUCAAGACCUGGAAGAAAGCCAAAUAUUGGAGGAUAUUUUCUUCAUUUGCUGACAAAGAUACAAUGAGGAGCAAAUGCAAACAAACGCAAUACAAUCAUAUAAACGUGUUCACCUGUUUGCUCUUGACUUUUUUAAUGUCUUAUAUUUAAUUUUCAAAUGACAUUCUAACCCAGAAUGAUUAUGAUGUUGUAGAUUGUACUCAUGUUAAACUGUGGAUUUAAUGCAAAUAAACAAAUAUUUAUUCAGAA